CCGCAGCCCACCUUUGGUUAGCGCCGUGACUCCGGCCCCGAUGAUUAGGACCAGGGCGAAGGUCUUGAUGAAGGUCAAGGUGACCUGAGUGCGAGCGGCGGCGGUGACGCUCCAGCAGUUGACGGCCACCACGAAGGCUGCGAAGUGAAAGUGGCAUGAUCCUCCAGGAGUGCUCCCGUCAACCUCAGCUGCUCCCCCCCACUGUGGGACAACACGUGCGCGUUACCACGGCAACCGCAAGUACAUCUAUUAUCUUCCUUCCGCGUUCUUUCCACUCGUUUGUUCCUCGAGAUGUUUUUUUUUGCGUGUUCCUAAUCAAGUGUCACCUGCCUCCUGAUUGGUUGUCUCUCCUAAUGAGGAUGAAAAGCACAGCUGCAACUUUAAGACUCCUCUCCCUCCCCCCUACCUCCCUCAAUGGUCUCUCCCAGCUCUCCUCCUCCUCCUUGUCCUCGAGCUCUUCUUCUCCGCGAAGCCACCCCGGAAACAUGUCGUCGUGGGCACGUCGUCCGUGACCAUGAUGAUGAAGAUGAGGGUGGCGGCGGUGGCCGCGGAAGCGCGCCGGCCGCGCCUUCCUCCUGCUGCGCGGACGCACCACUGAGGCCAUCCUGUUUUUUUUUUGUUUUGUUUUUUUUCCUCCUCAUCUGGGAAAGGAGGUGCAUGCGCAGGCUGCAGACAAGCGGAGCGUCGGCAUCGUGAACGCGCACGGAGAGAAGCGUCAAGAUGAUGUGCGAGGUGAUGCCCACCAUCAGCGAGGACACGGCGCUGAGCCAGCGCGGCUCGCAGAGCAGCUCGUCGGACCCGGACUCGCACUUUGAGCAGCUGAUGGUCAACAUGUUGGACGAGCGAGACCGCCUGCUGGACACGCUGAGGGAGACGCAGGAGAGCCUGGCUCUGUCCCAGCAGCACCUGCAGGACGUCGUCUACGACCGGGACUCGCUGCAGAGGCAGCUCAGCUCCGCCCUGCCCCAGGAGUUUGCCGCUCUCACCAAGGAGCUCAACGCCUGCCGGGAGCAGCUGCUGGAGAAGGAAGAGGAGAUCUCGGAGCUGAAGGCCGAGAGGAACAACACCAGGUUGCUGUUGGAGCAUCUGGAAUGUUUGGUGUCCCGACACGAGCGCUCACUGCGCAUGACGGUGGUCAAGAGGCAGGCGCAGUCCCCCUCGGGGGUCUCCAGCGAGGUGGAGGUCCUCAAGGCCCUCAAGUCCUUGUUCGAACACCACAAAGCUCUCGACGAGAAGGUGCGAGAGCGACUGCGGGUGUCGCUGGAGAGGGUGUCCGCCUUGGAGGAGGAGCUUACGGCAGCCAAUCAGGAGAUCGUGGCCUUACGCGAGCAGAAUGCUCACAUCCAGAGGAAGGUGGCGUCGGGCGAGGCCGCCGACGACAUCCCGGAGGGCGGCGAGACGCAGCACAAGGUCCACAGCAAGCGCCUGUCCAACGGCGCGUUGGAGUCGGCGCCGCGCGAAGCCGGCCAAGUGGUGGAGCUGCAGGACCUGCUGGAGAAGCAGAACUACGAGCUGGCCCAGAUGAAGGAGCGCAUGUCCUCGCUGUCGUCGCGCGUCUCCGAGGUGGAGCAGGAGCUGGAGACGGCCCGUAAGGACCUCAUCAAGUCCGAGGAGAUGAACAACAAGUACCAGCGGGACAUCAAGGAGGCCAUGUGCCAGAAGGAGGACAUGGAGGAGCGCAUCGUGACGCUGGAGAAGCGCUACCUGAGCGCCCAACGCGAGUCCACUUCGGUGCACGACAUCAACGACAAGCUGGAGAACGAGCUGGCCAACAAGGAGGCCUUCCUCAGGCAGAUGGAGGAGAAGAACCGGCAGCUGCAAGAGAGGCUGGAGCUGGCCGAGCAGAAGCUCCAGCAGACCAUGCGCAAGGCCGAGACGCUGCCCGAGGUGGAGGCCGAGCUGGCCCAGAGGAUCGCCGCGCUCACUAAGGCGGAAGAACGUCACGGCAACAUCGAAGAGCGCAUGCGCCACUUGGAAUGCCAGCUGGAGGAGAAAAACCAGGAGCUGCUCCGGGCUCGCCAGCGAGAGAAGAUGAACGAGGAGCACAACAAGCGUCUGUCGGACACGGUGGACCGCCUCCUCACCGAGUCCAACGAGCGCCUGCAGCUGCACCUGAAGGAGCGCAUGGCCGCGUUGGAGGAGAAGAAUUUACUCAUCCAGGACUCGGAGGGCUACAGGAAGCAGUAUGAGGAGUCCAUUCACGCGAAGACGCAUUUGGCUGAGGAGAUUGAGAAGCUGCGGUCAGAAUUGGACCAGUUCAGGUUGAGGGUGGGGUCCCUCACCGAGCCCACCCUGUCACGGUCUCACCUGGACACUUCGGGCGAGCUCCGUUUCUCCCUGGGCUCUCUGGCCGAGACCCAGUCGGACCACUACCGCUCGGCCAAGGUCGUACGGAGGCCCAGGCGAGGUCGAGUGGGCCUGCGGGAAACCAAGGCCAAGUCUCUGGGCGAGCAAGAGUGGCGCUCGCAGCAGCUGGGCGUGGCGGGCGGCGGCGGCCACCAUUUUGAGAGCGACACGGAGAUGUCCGACAUGGACGACGACGACCGGGAGACGCUCUUCAGCUCCAUGGACCUCCUCUCGCCCGGCGGACACUCUGACGCGCAAACCUUAGCCAUGAUGCUUCAGGAGCAGCUGGACGCCAUCAACAAGGAGAUCCGGCUGAUCCAGGAGGAGAAGGAGUCGACGGAGCUGCGUGCCGAGGAGAUCGAGAGCCGCGUGGCCAGCGUCAGCCUGGAGGGCCUGAACCUGGCUCGCAUGCACCACCAUCACCACCACGGGGCCUCCAUCACCGCCUCGGCCACCGCCUCCUCCUUGGCGUCCUCGUCGCCGCCCAGCGGCCACUCCACGCCCAAGCUGGACCCCCGCAGCCCCGCCAUGGAGCGCAUGGGGGUCAUGACGCUGCCCAGCGAUUUACGCAAGCACCGGCGAAAGAUCGCCGCGGUGGAAGAGGACGGGCGCGAGGACAAGGCCACCAUCAAGUGCGAGACCUCGCCGCCCGCCACGCCGCGCACCGUCCGGAUGACGCACACCCUGCCGGCGUCCUCGCACAACGACGCCAGAGGGUUGUCCUCCCUGGAAGCGGAAGGCACCGCGAGCAGCGUGGCCAGCAGCCAGGACUCGCUGCACAAGCAGCCCAAGAAGAAAGGCAUCAAGUCGUCCAUCGGCCGCCUCUUCGGCAAGAAGGAGAAAGGCCGCAUGGGGCACAUGGCGGCGCACAUGGCGCACCGCCACGUCAUGCUGGAUCCGCAAGCCACCGCCAUGGACGCCGACGUGGCGGGCCAGGAGGCGGGGCUGAGCAAGCUGGGCACGCAGGCCGAGAAGGACCGGCGCCUGAGAAAGAAACACGAGCUUCUGGAGGAGGCCAGGAGGAAGGGCUUGCCUUUCGCGCAGUGGGACGGACCCACCGUGGUGGCCUGGCUGGAGCUGUGGCUGGGGAUGCCGGCGUGGUACGUGGCGGCCUGCCGCGCCAACGUGAAGAGCGGCGCCAUCAUGUCGGCGCUGUCCGACACGGAGAUCCAGCGUGAGAUCGGCAUCAGCAACCCCCUGCACAGACUCAAACUCCGGCUGGCCAUCCAGGAGAUGGUCUCGCUCACCAGCCCGUCGGCGCCCCCUACCUCCAGAACCCCGUCAGGCAACGUAUGGGUGACCCAUGAGGAGAUGGAGACCAUGGCGGCCCCUUCCAAAACGAAAUCCCAGUCUGAAGAGGGCAGCUGGGCACAAACGCUGGCUUACGGCGACAUGAACCACGAGUGGAUCGGCAACGAGUGGCUGCCCAGUCUCGGACUACCUCAGUACCGCAGCUACUUCAUGGAGUGCCUGGUGGAUGCGCGCAUGCUGGACCACCUCACCAAGAAGGACCUGAGGGUGCAUCUCAAAAUGGUGGACAGCUUCCACAGAACAAGUUUACAAUACGGCAUCAUGUGUCUGAAGAAGCUCAACUACGACAGGAAGGAGCUGGAACGGCGGCGGGAGACGAGCCAGCACGAAAUGCGAGACGUGCUGGUGUGGAGCAACGAGCGGGUGGUGCGCUGGGUGCAGAGUAUCGGCCUGCGCGACUACGCCGCCAUCCUGCACGAGAGCGGCGUGCACGGAGCGCUGGUCGCCCUGGACGACAACUUUGAUUACAGCAGCCUGGCCCUGCUCCUCCAGAUCCCCAUGCAAAACACUCAGGCCCGUCAGAUUCUGGAGCGCGAGUACAAUAACCUGCUGGCGCUGGGCACCGACCGGCGGCUGGACGAGUGCGACGACAAGGACUUCCGAGGGGCGUCGUGGCGGCGGCAGUUCCCGCCGCGGGACGUGCACGGCAUCAGCAUGAUGCCCGGCUCGGCCGAGACGCUGCCGGCCGGCUUCCGUCUGACCACCACGUCGGGACACUCGCGCAGGCUCCCGCCCGACGUGGGCGCCUCGACGGUUCAGCGCCUGGACAGCUCCACGGUGAGAACCUACUCGUGCUGAGGAGACGGACCUUAACAUGUACCGCUGUCCAGUUCUGAGCGGAGCCGCCGGACGGGCCCACACACGGGGUGUGUGGGGAGGGGCCAAGGUCGGGGGGCUACGCCAUCGGGAUAACCGCGCACUGCCAAGAAGCCCCUCGUCUCGCCGCCUCAUGCCUCCAACAAAUCUCUUAUUUCUCAAAUGUGGACGCCAGCCAGCCGCCGCCUUCGGUGCUAAACUCUCUCGCAGCGGGCUGGUCGACAUUUCCCUAAAGCGUACUGUGUAUUUCAAGUUGGUUAUGUAAAUUCAUAUAAAUAGGACAUUUUUUUAAUAUAUAUAUAUAUAUGUGUAAAAAAAAAAAAAAGAUUAUUGAGCAAAUAAGAAGUUAGUGGACCAUAGAUGAAUAAUAUAUGCUGCUCUCGGACCCUGGCAAACUUUCUAUUUUUUUUUUUCUUUUUUUAAUUUGGGGGAUUGCAAACUCCUCGGAGGAUGCCAUCACCGCCCUCUAGCGGCCGGAGGACUAACAAAGCACACGAGCAACCCGAAUUAACUCAGCGGGGAAGGCAGCCUCAGCUCAUUGUGUGCACGUGUGUGUGUGUGUGUUUAAAAAAAAAAAAAAAAAAAAACGGCCAGAAAC